GCCGCGGGCGGCGGCGGCGAGCGCGAGCGGAGGGCAGCCGGCCUCCCGCGGCCGCCGAGCCCGGGAGUGCGCGCCGGCCGGAGCCAUGUCGGUGAACAUGGAUGAGCUGCGGCACCAGGUCAUGAUCAACCAGUUCGUGCUGGCAGCGGGCUGCGCGGCCGACCAGGCGAAGCAGCUGCUGCAGGCGGCCCACUGGCAGUUUGAGACCGCCCUGAGCACGUUUUUCCAAGAAACCAACAUUCCCAACGGCCACCACCACCACCAGAUGCAGAUGUGUACCCCCAGCAACACACCUGCCACACCGCCCAACUUCCCCGACGCGCUGGCCAUGUUCUCAAAGCUUCGUGCCUCUGAGGGCCUGCAGAGCAGCAAUAGCCCCAUGACCGCCGUGGCCUGCUCACCCCCUGCAAACUUCAGCCCCUUCUGGGCCUCGUCCCCGCCCAGCCACCAGGCUGCCUGGAUCCCACCCUCCUCCCCCACGGCCCACAGCUUCCACCACCUCCACCACCCACAGCCCACGUGGCCCCCCGGAGCACAGCAGGGGAGCACGCAGCAGAAAGCCAUGGCGGCGAUGGACGGCCAGAGAUGAGACUGGAUGCCGCCGGGCGCUGGGCUGGAGCUGGGGGGCGGUCCAGGGGCGGGGGGAAGCUGGGCGUGCGGGGGUCUCCUGAAGAUCGCACUGGAAGAUUUUAUAUGAGAGUUUUUGUGGGUGGGGGGACAGUAAACUUCCUGAACCACGGGGUCCUUCAGGAGUUUCUCUUCAGGCAAGUUUUUUUGUUUUUUGGUUUUCCUCUUUUUAAUAUAUAACUAUAAUAUA